AUGGCCGCCAUCAUUUCACGACGGUUAAGAUUAACUUCCUCCAUCCUAAAACCCUCUCAUUUUCCAUCUCCAUCACCAUCUCCAACAACCCCUCAAUCUCCAAUCUUCCAACCCGUAACCCAUAACCCAUCUUCAUUUUUCACCUUUCAACACUUUUUCUCCCAAUCCACAACAACCCCAUCAAAACCCACCUCCCAUUUCAUUCUCACUCCCUUCUCAUCCCACCAAGUUUCUAACUUUUACCCUAAACCCAUCUUUUUCUCAACCAACAACCCAUCAUCAUCAUCAUCAGAUUCUGAUAAAGCACCAAACCCAAGUCCAUACCCAAGUGAAAACCCAAACUUCAAACACCAAGAAAUCGAAGGCCCAACAGUAGAACGCGACCUCUCCCCCCUCGCCAACGAGACACGAGAAAUUCUAGAAACAAUGAUGAAGAACAUCUAUGGACUAAGCAGGGUUGUAGCACUAAUGGGCCUCGUUCAGCUUGGUGUUGGAGGCUGGAUCACAUACGUGACUAGAUCUUCGCCCAUCACUGAGGUUUCUGUGCAAAGCUUAUUGGCUUUUGCGUUUCCGUUCUCUCUGGCGUUUAUGCUGCGUCAAUCUUUGAAGCCGAUGAGAUUCUUUAAGAAGAUGGAGGAACAAGGUAGGUUGCAGAUUCUGACACUGACUCUUCAGGUUGUUAAGCAGUUGAAUGUUUUGUUUGUUAGGGUUAAAGGGGUUUCGUUUGUUUGUGUUGUUGGGUUGUCUGCUGGUUUGCUUUUUGCUCUUUCGAUCUCAUGGUUGAAAUAG